AGGGGUAUUUUUGUGGGCACGUUCACAACUAUUGUGUAUUUUAGUUUGCACACUGUGACUAUGAAUAUUUAGCUUAUCUAACAUAGCAGGAAGGAAGAGUUAGUUGCGUGAUCAGUUCGUGUGAAAUCAUUAGCAUCUGCAAAUUAGGAAAUAUAAGGAAGUUCAAACGCAGUAGGGGAAAUGAUAAUCUGAGUAACAUUCUGACUUGCAGCUUUUGCAAUUGAACAUUUGCUUGCAGUAUAAAAAGUGGCAGAGUAAAAAACUUGCAGGUUUAAGGGUCUUUGCAGCUCCGAUCCACAAUCAAACACGAUAAAGGAGGAGGAUUUUUUCAAGAGGAGGCUUCGUUACCUCUUUCCAGACAACAAAAGAUGUUUGAUGCUCUUGGACUCAUUUGCAUGUGUGUGACACUAUUUCAUCCCUCGCAUGCUGACCUCCAGUGUAUGGAGCGAACCCUUUCAGCAGAGACACAAGAAUCACCUAUCAAAAGUUUGACGUGGAAUUGGAGAAGAAUGGAGCUGUCCUGGGAGAGCAGCGAGGAUUUCUCUACAUAUAUUUGCAUGAUGACCAUGGGUAGUGAAUUUAGAAGGAUGACGGUGAAGAACAGAAAAUGCAGUUUUUCAAUAGAAUGUAAUCUACCUCUGCACAGAGGGAUAAACUUUACCAUUGAAGUACCAGAUAAGAACAUCUCAAAACAUUGCCAAUUUAUCCCUGAAGGUAACGCUUAUGAUCUGGGCAUGAAGGGAUCAGCCAUUGAAAACUUCUCCUGUGUGAUUUAUGAUGUUUCUCUCAUGAACUGCACUUGGCAGGCAGGCAGGAAUGCUCCAGCAGAUACCCAAUAUUUUCUCUACUGGAAAAAAUCAAGUGAUGAGAACGAGAUAGAAUGUGAGCUUUACAUUAAAGGUGAAAAUGGCAUGCACACAGGAUGCAGAUUCCAAAAUGUGAUGAUUGAAGGCGAACCUGCUUAUUUCCUGGUGAAUGGGUCUAGCAAAGAUUCCCAGAUCCUGUUCUAUGAUGACUACAUAAGACUGUAUACAAUUGAAAGAUUCACUCCUCCAUUAAAUGUCAGUGUCAACUGUACUAGCAAUCCGGCAGGUUGCAUAAUUACAUGGCAAAAACCCCUUACAAGUUAUCAGAAAAUUGAAAGUUGUUUUGAGUAUGAAAUUAACAUACAAAAUAAGGAUGAGCCUGAAAAACAUGAAAAGGAUCCUCCUAUAAGCGUAAGUGGAUACAAGUAUGAAUUCAAAAAUUAUAAUGUGAAAAAACAAUACAUUCUGAAAAUCAGAGCACGUGGAAGCAGCACAUGUACUGUAAACAGAAGCUGGGGAGAAUGGAGUGAACCCAUAGAGUUUGGUCAAGAGAAAGACUACUUCAUUUUUGUGCUUUUACUUCUGAUAGUACUUGGAACAAUCUUAGUGACACUGCUCCUUUUUUUUCUUCGCAAAAGGUACUGCAGUUUCAAAAGAAUAUUUCCUCCUAUUCCACAACCAAGGGAUAAAUUUAACACAUCACAUGAUGAAAAUAUCCAGACAGAGAAUUUGUUUCCAUCCAGUCUAAGCUGUACUAAGGAAGUAACUAUGGUUCAAGAGAUGACCUAACUUUCUAAAAAGAAAACAGAUUUGGAUUCUUCAACACAAAAUGAUGCAUCAAGACAAUCUACAAGCAUUUGUGUUCUUCACAGUACAGAUGAGAAAUGAAUGCCUAUGAAAUUUUCUCCCGUUAAAAACAAACAACAAAAAAAUAAAAUGGAAUAGGAAGCUUUAUAGAAUACAGGCCUUAGAUUUAGAUUCCUGCUUUUUUAUGUGUGUAAAAUUCCAGAUCUUUUUCUGUUAAAUGUAUUUUUCAAAAUAAACACAUUUUACCAA